CGGAGAGGAGGGGUUUAACUUUCCCAUGUUCAUAAAUACUGUGAGCUGCUCUUUGCCCACACCUCCGCCCUCACUCCAGGAAAGAUAGACGUCGCUGGCCUCGUUACCACCCCCUCCGAAACGGUUAUUUCUCAGCAAAACGUCAAACAAAUCGCAAUCAUGAGCAGGAAAUUCUUCGUUGGCGGAAACUGGAAGCUGAACGGGGACAAGAAGAGCCUCGGCGAGCUCGCGCAGACCCUGAACGCAGCCAAAGUGGAUCCUAACGUCGAGGUGGUGUGCGGCGCUCCUUCGAUCUACCUGGACUUCGCCAGGUCCAAGCUGGAUGACAAGUUUGGGGUUGCUGCUCAGAACUGCUACAAAGUUGCCAAGGGGGCCUUCACCGGGGAGAUCAGCCCUGCAAUGAUCAAGGACUGCGGCGUGAACUGGGUGAUCCUGGGACACUCUGAGAGGCGCCACGUCUUCGGGGAAAGUGAUGAGCUCAUUGGCCAGAAGACCGCCCACGCUCUGGAGUCCGGUCUCGGCGUCAUCGCCUGCAUCGGCGAGAAGCUGGACGAGAGGGAGGGCGGCAUCACGGAGAAGGUGGUCUUCGCCCAGACCAAAGUCAUCGCAGACAAUGUGAAGGACUGGAGCAAGGUUGUGCUUGCGUACGAGCCAGUGUGGGCCAUUGGCACCGGCAAGACUGCUUCCCCGCAGCAGGCUCAGGAAGUUCACGAGAAACUGAGGGCCUGGCUGAAGACCAACGUGUCCGAGGCUGUAGCGAACUCCGUGAGGAUCAUCUAUGGAGGUUCUGUGACGGGCGCUACCUGCAAAGAACUUGCUUCCCAGAAGGACGUUGACGGGUUCCUUGUCGGCGGAGCCUCCCUCAAGCCAGAGUUUGUCGAAAUCAUAAACGCCAAGGCAUAAAAAAAAAAUAAAAAGUGACCAUGUCCGGAUCAGAGGCCAACUCCAUUGAUACAAUAAAGUUCCGUCAUCCCUCACACUCAGCACUUAGUCUUCUUCCUGUUUGUAUUCAGUGUAAUGAUGCUAUACCCCCGUUUUUUCCUUAUUUUAAAAUUUCUACCAUUUUGUUGUGACUAAGGGACAGCGUGACGCGUGCACUGAAACAAGUAAAGUCCACUGAGAAUAGUCUGCGUGCAAACUAACUUUCUCACCAUCUGCUCAAGCUAUAAAGACUUACAAUUACACCUUGAGAUGGAUGGCUGGCCCACGCUUUUUACUUAAGAGUUUACCAACUUUAUUUUGUGUAAACCGUGUCACAGAUUUUGUUAUUCAGUUGGAUUUGUCUUUAAUAUCCAUGUCUGUGGGUAAUUAUGUCCUGUGGCUUUUACCUCCUCGUAGACGUGUGUGUGCGAUCCCUCGUUCAUUGCCUGCUUUGCCAAGAGGGAAGCAUCCAUUUCAUGUUAAUCACUGUGUCAUGGCCGACGGGUAUACGUGAGCAAGGCUGUAAGGUGAAAUAAACGGUUUCAGUGUGUUU